AUGACCGAGGGCUUUACUCUCAUGCUCAAGGACACAAAAGUGUGGAUCAUGAUGCUGAACCAUUUGCUUAUUACCAUAUGUGCCUCGUUCACCAAUUUCUUUCCCACGAUCAUGGCAACCCUUGGCUUCUCCCGGAAAAUAACCUACGCGAUGGUUUCCAUCCCCUAUCUCACUGGCUUCGUAAUCGUCUUGUUCACCUGUUGGCACGCCGACAAGCCCAGGGAGCGGACAUUUCACAUCGUGGUAAACCUCGCUGUCUGCGUCGUCGGCCUAGUCAUCAUGAGCGCCACACUAGCUGUUCCAGCGCGCAUCAUUGCGAGCAUCCUCAUGAUCUCUGGCGUUACGAGCGCUUCCAAUAUCAAUCCGCUUCCAAUAUCAAUCUCGCUUGGAUAG